ACCGUGACCCACUUACCUUGAUGAAACCAGGGAGAAAAGAAGAGGUCUGAAAAUUUGUGAUGGAUAACUGGAACAUUUUCCCCCUGUGCAAUCGUGACGCGUUUGCUCUGUAAGACGUGACUAAUCAGCUCCUGCCCAGGCUGGUGCCUCCUGCCAACAGAAGUGUACCUUCAAGAUGCCCAAGAAGAAGGCAGACUCAGGCCCUAAGCUCAAAACAAGUGAAGGAGAUGGAGCAGAUGAGGCGCAGAGGCCAGCGACUGACAAGGAGGUCCUCCUACAGAAAGAGUAUGAGCAGCUGACAGAGGCCCUGAACAGUCUGAGGAGAAAAGUGGAGCACCUACGCCGGGAAAACGAGUAUCUGCAGCAGGAGGCUCACCAGACGCGCAUGGAGAGUCAAGAGUACAUGUCCUACAUGUCCAAGAGGACACAGAAACGUCAGAAUGCCAUCAUCAGUCUGAGUGACCAGAACCAAGUAGAACUGGAGAAGCUGAGGAGACAGAGAGAGGAGCUGCUGGACACGCACAAGGGGCAGUCCACUGAGCUGAAAAGGCAGAUCCUGGAGAAAGAGAAUGAGCUGUCUGUAUUGAAUCUGGAGAUUUCUGAUAUGCAGGAAUAUAAGAGCCUGCAGCAGCAGCAGCUGGGACGCAUCCAGGAGCUGGAGCAGGAGGUGCUGACCAUGCGCGCCCGCCACUCCGAGAGCCUGCAGCACCUGAAGGCCGGCUUCCUGGGCAACAAGGUGCAGUACGAGAGCCAGGCCCGGCACGAGGUGCAGGCGCUCGCUGUGGCCGCCAACAGGGAGGCGUCGCGCUGCCUGGCUGCACACACUCAGCAGGUGGCGCAGGAGAACCGGCAGCUGCGCGGGGAGCUGCUGCAGCUGAUCCAGCGGGCCCGCGAUCUCCGCCUCCACCAGGGCAGGCUGCAGGAGCAGGGCCAGCAGCUGCUCCGGGAGAGGCAGUAUGUGCAGGACCUGCGCAGGCUGAGGGGCCCAGCUCACUGCCAUGCGGGCGAGGGCGAGGGCAGCACCCAGCACACCUGAAUUGCAGCCGCACACGCGCACGAACACACCCACUUUCAGGGCUGCUGCCCGUCAGGCAACCCCUGCUCUAGCACUCAAAGAACCACGUAAGGCAAGCAAACACAUCUCACACAGCAGAGAUGCACCCUGAUCUUACAACUCAGUUUCUUCUGCAUUGCAUCACCUAACGGAACCGAUCUCCUGUACAGCUGUAUCAAUUUUAGGCCUGUCUUGUGUUUUUAAAAUGAGAUGGAUUGAAAGAAAGCAAUAAAACCUGGAGACUGCAGCUGCCAUCAA